CCAUCCGCGGCUCGGCGGCGACGGCGACAUGGAGAGCGGGGCCUAUGGCGCGGCCAACGCGGGCGGCUCCUUCGACCUGCGGCGCUAUGUGUCCCAGCCUCAGGUGGUGACGCGCCUCGUGAGCAUGGUCUUGGCCUUGAUCGUAUUCUCCUGCAUCUUCGGCGAGGGCUACAUCAACCUUCACUCAUCUGACCAGCUACACUGUGUGUUCAACCGGAACGAAGAUGCCUGCCGCUACGGCAGUGCCAUUGGGGUGCUGGCCUUCCUGGCCUCAGCCUUCUUCCUUGUGGUGGAUGCGUUUUUCUCUCAGAUAAGCAAUGCCACUGACCGCAAGUAUCUGGUCAUUGGUGACCUGCUCUUCUCAGCUCUCUGGACCUUCCUGUGGUUUGUCGGUUUCUGCUUUCUGACCAACCAGUGGGCAGCCACCAAACCUGAUGACGUGUUGGUGGGAGCAGACUCAGCCCGGGCUGCCAUCACCUUCAGUUUCUUCUCCAUCUUCUCCUGGGGUGUGCUGGCCUCCCUGGCCUACCAGCGUUACAAGGCUGGAGUGGAUGCCUUCAUUCAGAACUAUGUGGACCCCACGCCGGAUCCCACCACAGCCUACGCCUCCUACCCUAGUGCCUCGGUGGAAAACUACCAGCAGCCGCCCUUCACCCAGAAUGUGGAGACUACUGAGGGCUACCAGCCUCCCCCAGUGUACUGAGCAGCCAGGGACAAAGAGGCAGGAGGGUGCUUGGUGGGGCUGCCCCUCCACCCUGGACUUCUCUCAAGGUUUGCUGUCCAGAACUGUAGUCCCUUGGCUGUUACAGUUGACAGCCCGAGUCCAUGCCUUUCUGCACCCCAGCAGCCAGAGCACACCUGAAGUGCCCAUGCCCAGAGGGGCUUCACCGCCACCCGCCUGACCCUCAAGGGCAUCUUUGAGGAGAGGGUUUUACUAGGCCUUAUCCCCCCACCCCAGUACUGUAAAUGGAACCCAGGGCCUUGGAUUUGCUUAGCCAGCGCUGCCAUCCAGCCGUACGCUCAGCUCCGCAUUGCUUUUAAUAACACUGAACCCCAUCAGAGCCAGAAGCAGGUGCCCGCUGCAGUUUUUGACACAUGCCACUUUCCCUACAGCUGGAGGCCUUGGGAGCCCCAACUUUUUUUUCUCCAAAGACAAACUUGGGGAUCCUUGUGCUACCUGUCUCCUCAGUGCUCGGCUCCCCACUUCCUCACUCAGGUUCAGGACCCAGCUUCGUCUGGGUUCUAUGCUCACUGCUGUGUCUUCUGGGGUCACCACUGUGCCAACCGUCUCCAGGCUGCCUGCCUGACAGCUGUGGGGCGGGCAGAGGGACGAGAUACCACUCCUUUCUUGCUCCUACCCCUGGCAGAAGGACAGAACUUGCCCGGAGACAGCACCUGGCUUUAUGUAAAUAUUCCCAAGCAGCUGUUAGAUACUAGUGGGGAGGGCAGGAACCCCUGCACUGAAUGUACGGAGACUUGGUGGGGACAGCCCUGCCCUCAGUUCUGUAGACUAGUUUGGAGAUGGAAUAAACGUUUUUCUCAGCCUGUUGUA